AUGGACGAUAUUCAACAGCUUUCACGCGGUAGAGCAGCCCACAAGGGUAAACUUACCCAAUUUACCAAUUUUAUCGACAACUUGUCAACACCACUCAAUGCAGAUGGUGUUAUAAACCUCGAAUUACGUAUCGAAAAUGUAAUAGCAACUUAUGAUAAGUUUGACUCAAUUCAAACCAAAAUAGAAAGCCUGUCCGAGGACACCGAUACUCAAAUCCUCGAACGUGCCAAAUUCGAGGAACUUUACUUCGACAGCCUAACCAGAGCCAAAGAAAGUACAACAACACCACAAGGCGUCCAACUUGGACCAACAGGGGAUAGCCCACACAAAAUAUUAGGACUUGAAUGGUCAAACCAAAACGACAAUUUGAAUUAUUCAAUUAACUUACAACCUAUACCAAAUAAUGUAACAAAACGAGUUAUUUUAUCUCGAGUUUCAAGUAUCUUUGAUCCUUUAGGCCUAUUAGGCCCAAGCUUAAUUCUUGCCGAAUGCUUCAUCCAACGACUAUGGGUGGCCGGGUCGGACUGGGACCAACCUAUUUCACAAACUCUUUUAAAGGAUUGGUUAACAUUUUACAAUUCACUUCAAUACCAAAGAUUGUUACAGAUCGCCAGAAGCCAAGCCACAGGCAACAACGCCUAUUAUGGGCGACCUACCAGGUCACAGAGUGCAACCAGCACCACCAUUUACACUGUGGUACUAGAUUAUGCGGGUCCAUUUCUGCUUAAAGACAGGCACGGUCAUGGUUACAAAACUUACAAGUCUUAUAUAGCCAUUUUUAUAUGUUCUUCAACGAAGGCCGUACAUAUUGAGCUUGUUACAGGUCUAGAAACUCAUAGCUUCCUGUCGGCGUUUAGAAGGUUCAUAGCCAGACGCGGGAAGCCACGAGUGGUGGUGAGCGACAACGGCACCACCUUCCGGGGUGCCGAUAGGGAGUUAAGGAAGUUAUACGAUUUUCUUAACACGAGCUCUAACGAAUUGACAACCUCGUGUACCGAGCAAGGUAUCGUAUGGAAGUUUGUACCUAGUUACUCACCUCAUAUGAAUGGUUUGGCAGAGGGCGCUGUUAAAAGUUGCAAAUAUCAUCUAAAGCGUGUCCUGAAACAAAGUUUACUUACCUAUGAAGGUUUUUCAACAGUAUUAAUUCAGAUAGAGGGAAUCUUUAACAGCAGACCUUUAUGUCCUAUUCCCUUUUCCGAUUCUGAAGUAUUCCAAGUCCUUACACCAGCUCACUUCCUGAUAGGAAGAACCCCAGUGGCAAUACCAGAUUAUCAAUACGACGAAGUCCCUACCAAUAGACUUAAAUACUUUCAACAACUCCAACAGAUCUAUCAAUCCUUCUGGAAGGGCUUCUCAAGAGACUACGUGGGGCUACUCCAACAACGAGGCAAGUGGCAGAGCUCCAAGGGACCCACUCUGGCAGCGGGCUCCAUAGUUCUCAUCAAAGACAAGCACACUCCACCAUGCCAUUGGAGACUGGCGAGGAUCAUCGAGACACACCCCGGGGGCGACGGAGUGACUCGCGUGGCCACACUGAAGACAUCCCAGGGCUCAAGCAUCAAGCUUUCGUUCACGAAGAUUUGUCCUCUACCAAUACAAGAUAAUCAUUAA